AUGAAGAAGCUAAAGAGUUCCCAAGUCGCCAGGCACAAUGACCGCAAGUCGUGCUGGAUCGCUCUAUACGGCAAAGUCUACGACAUCACAGACUUUCUCGACGAACAUCCCGGCGGGCCACAGAUUCUCUUAAAGACUGCGGGUCAGGAUGCCACGGCCGAGUACGAGAGUGUGCACAGUCCGGAGUUGCUGGAAGAGACUCUUCCCUCGUCUGCAUUUCGGGGGCUCCUCGACCCGGACACGAUGUCAAAGACAGAGUCGACAUCACAACCAAGACCACAGCAGAAACAAAGGCGAUCUCCACCCCUAAGGUCCAUGAUCAGCGUCAAUGACUUCGAAGCAGUGGCAAAGCAAUCCCUCAGUCCUGCCGGAUGGGCCUACUAUUCAUCGGGAGCAGACGAUGAACGUAGCAGAUACGAAGCUGCUCGUUCAUUCCGCAAGCUGACACUGCGUCCUCGUGUCCUUCGCAACGUGGAUCAUGUCGACACCAGAACCACCAUUCUUGGCCACAAUACCAGCUUGCCCGUCUAUGUUUCCCCUUCGGGGCUGGCGAGGUUCGCGCAUCCGGACGCGGAAUGCGCAUUAGCUGCCGGAGCUGGGAAAGAAGGUCUGAUCCAGGUAAUACCCACGAGCCCCAGCAUGUCAAUCGAGGCCAUCAUGCGCGCACGGACCAGUCAGAGUCAGCCUGUUUUUUUCCAGCUAUAUUUCAAUCGAGACUACCAGAAGACCGAAGCGAUGAUCCGUCGUGUCGAGAAACUGGGCGUAAGUGCCAUCUGGCUGACGGUGGACUCGCCGGUUCUUGGAAAGCGGGAACGUGACGAUCGAUUAAAGGCUCAAAUCAGCGACGAGGACGAAUAUGUCACGCUCGAGGAACAGAAGCCCGGGGUGGCUAAAGCGGCUGCCAGUGGCCUGCUGAACCCGACGUUGACCUGGGGUGAUAUUGCAUGGAUCCGUCAAGUGACCCAACUCCCCCUUGUUCUCAAGGGGAUCCAGAGUGUCGAAGAUGCCAUACUUGCGUACGACAACGGGGUGGAAGGAAUUGUUUUGUCCAACCAUGGAGGCCGAUCCCAAGAUACGGCACAAGCGCCGAUGGUCACUCUGCUAGAGAUCCGACGAUAUGCGCCACAUUUGCUCAGUGGCCCAAUGGAGGUCUUCUUGGAUGGGGAGAUUCGGCGCGGUACCGAUAUCCUAAAGGCCCUUGCUUUGGGGGUGCGUGCAGUCGGGCUGGGGCGACCUUUCUUGUUCAGCCUCACCGGUGGUUAUGGAGAAGCUGGGUUUACAAGAAUGGUCCAGAUCCUGCGCGAAGAGCUCCAAGGCAACAUGGCCCUAUCUGGAGCCACUAGGAUCACUGAGAUUGUCCCGGAGAUGGUCAACACGCAGAGGCUGGACAAGGAAGUUAUUGCGUUAUCCAACUCACGAAGAGAAGAGGCUGCCAGGCCUAAGAGUCGGGAUGCAAUACCCAUCCAUCAUUUGUUGAACGCCCCUGAUGGGGAUGAUCUGGCUCCCCGGUUCCCGGUUCGAGACACACCUCCAGGCGGUGAAGGUGACGAGGACGAUGUGACGGUCAACGAUGCAGAGGACUCGUCCGAAGCUUCGCAUUGGAGCGAGGACUAUGAAUCCCACGACGUCUUUACCGGUGCAAGUCUGGCCGAUUUGGACGUCGUAAAUUUUGACUCUUUCUUCGGAGGCUUCGAGAGCCUGACUUUUGGCUCGUAUCCCCCGAACGCCGACUUACAACACAUUACUAGUGGGACGGGUAUUGUUUCUGCUGCUGCUCUGACGCUGGAGCCUCGCGCCUAUGAGAUUAGACAGUUGUUGAUGGGCGCAGCCACCAAGUUUGCAAUCGAGUAUCCGGACAGUCCUCAGCUCGCGCACUUGGAGACAAACAUCGGACUCCUCACCCAUGUCGAAAUAGACCACUGCCUCAAUCUAUUCUUCAACAACUACUACCGGCACUGUCCGAUAAUUCAUCGCCCGUCAUUUCAGCCAACGAUUGCCCCUAUACCUCUUGUGCUGGGCUGUGUCGCACUUGGGGCUAUGUACUCUGAACCGACAAAGGUCGCUUGGAUGAAGGGUCUGCUGGACCUUAUCGAGUCAUACGUCUUCUCGCUGCCAGAGGUAAGGGACGAAUUCUUUGGCACAUUGGGGGUUUUGGAAGCACCAGACGAGGAUGCCGUGGAAUAUCACUUUCAAUUAUUUCAAGGGGCCUAUCUUGUGGUCAUUGUCCAGUACUUCUCAGGCAAUCUAGCCGGUCGUAGAAGAGCCAGAAGGCAGAGGUUUCCUUCAAUGCUGAGUCUCGGUCGAUAUUUCGGCUUGCCAUCAGCGCAGCAUUCGAACGUUGUUGCAAUACCGGACGACAUUGCUUUUCAGCGAUGGGUGCGGAUUGAGGCACGCAUUCGGACGAUGAAUGUGAUUCUCGCCCUCGACUCUGCCAUGGGCAUUUUCAAUAACGUCCCUCCGCGCGUCAAUUACUGCGAAGUUGACCUCCAGCUGCCAUGUCAUCCCGAGUAUUUUGAGUUGUCAGGCUAUGCAGAAAUGUUGCAGCAGGGUUCAUUUCCUCGUCCGCGGAUGAAGUUGAUCGAAGCUUUCCAGAAACUGUUCGUCCAUCCUAGCGAGCUCAAGGCGGCAUAUCAGAACGAGAAUUUAGGAGUUUCGUUGGACGUGGCGCUAAUUGAGUUUCAAGUUUUGUAUACCCACUGUUGGCAGCAUCUCUUUGGAAACCCGCUCAAUCGAAUAUCGGCCACUUCGCUGGCUGCGGAACCGCAUGUUGUAUACGAACCGAUGAAGAUUGCCCUGGCCAACUGGAAGACCCUGUGGGAUGAUAUCCGUGCCAAGCUGACUCGCGCCAACGUCAGCGAAAUGGGGUUCGAAACUUCAGCCGAUAGUUACUGGACGCUUGUCAAGAUGAUUGUGUUGAGAUUCGAGCACAAGAAAAGCGCCAGCAGCACCUCCAGUAGCAUAAACGGGGCACCUACAAACUCCUCGGGCGGGUUUGCCCACAGAGAGGGAGUAGCCAGUGACGAUGGGAUGAGCGAGUCGAGCAUGAACGGUAGGGUAGCAAGGGGUGUGAGUCCUCCCUUGGACUUUAUGCCUCUUGAGGCAGACUGCGACAGCCAAGGUGCACACUUGAGGAAGAUUCUACAGAGAUGA